AUGGCGGUGCCAGCCGUCAGCUCCUGCGCAAUCUUCCGCUCCGCCGCUUCUCCUACUCUCUUCGCCUUCCGCUGCUGCCCUUGCCACUUCCAAUUCCGCCGCUUCUCCAACUUCGCUAUCCGCUUCCCGCCGUCUUGGUCCGGCAAGCUCUCUCCCGGCCAUGGCGCCGCUCAGACCAGCUCCGUCCACAGCCUCGUCGAUUCUGUCAUGGAAGAGCUCGAGUACUUGCGCUCAAGAAGACUCCGCGCCUCCGUCAAGGUGGUACUCACAAGCAAUGGAGAGGUACUAGAGGAUAAGCUUGUGAGCCGGACACUCCAAAAAGGGGUGCUGCUUGAGUUCAAGAAGGAUGCUGAAAGAGUGUUGCUAGCCGUUGCUCAGAAGCCCGACGGCAAGAAGAACUGGAUGGUGUCCGAUCAGAAUGGUGUUACAUCAUCCAUCAAACCGCAACAAAUUACAUAUAUUGUUCCUGGUGUUGAAAAUUUUGACCACGCAGAGAUAUCAGACUUUGUUCAGAAAGCUAAGGAAAACUUGGAUCCAGCACUGUUAGAAUUUGCUUGGGUUGAACUCCUUGAAAAGAAUAAGCGGGUCAAGGUGGAAGAAUUAGCAGAGAUGAUAUUUGGUAGUGUGGAGUCCCUUGAAUGCUACUGCGCUCAUCUUUUGCUUUCAGAAGACGAAAUAUACUUCACUGUCCUGGAGACAAAAGGUUCUCGCUCUAUAUAUGGACCUCGACCUGCUGAGCAGGUUGAGGAACUUCUACGUAGGAAGCUUGCAAAGGAGGCUGCUGAGAAAGAGCAGCAGGAGUUUGUAACCCUGCUGAAAGCUGCGAAGGCUAUGCCUUUAGAUGCUAAACCUCCCAAGUCUUCUUGGAUGGUUGAAGAGAAAAUCAAACACAGGAUUGAGUCUCUUGAACGUUAUGCUAUUGAUGACUGCAAAACCGAUGACCAAAGGAAAACAGCUGGAACAAUCCUAAAAGCAAUGGGAAUGGUGAAAACAGCAUCAUCAGCUCUGAAUCUCCUCAUCGACAUUGGGUAUUUCCCUGUACAUGUGAAUUUGGACUUAUUGAAGUUCAACAUUCAUACGGAUCAUUCAGAUGAAGUUAUAUCAGCUGCAGAAAGUCUUCUGUCUGAUCCAACAGAUCCAGAUGAGAUUGAAAGGAAAGAUCUCACUCACUUGAAGGUCUAUGCUAUUGAUGUGGAUGAGGCUGAUGAGCUUGAUGAUGCCUUAAGUGCAACGAGGCUGCAACAUGGACGCAUUAAAAUAUGGAUUCAUGUUGCAGACCCGACUAGGCUUGUUCAACCUGGGAGCAUCCUAGACAGGGAGGCUAUGAGAAGAGGAACUUCCGUCUUCUUGCCUACUGCUACUUAUCCCAUGUUCCCAGAAAAACUUGCCAUGGAGGGAAUGAGUUUGCAGCAAGGAGAGAUUUGCAAUGCUGUUACAGUUUCUGUUGUGCUGCACUCUGAUGGCAGUAUUGCAGAAUAUUCAGUGGACAGCUCCAUCAUUAGACCAACAUAUAUGCUAACGUAUGAAAGUGCAUCUGAGCUUCUUCAUUUGAACCUGGAAGAAGAGUCUGAACUGAAAAUGUUGUCUGAGGCUGCAACUCUCCGAAGAAGAUGGCGUCACGAACAGGGUGGCAUUGAUACUGCCACAUUGGAAGCACGCAUAAAAGUCGUGAAUCCAGAGGAUCCAGAACCUGUAAUAAAUCUCUAUGUUGAGGACCAGGCUGACCCUGCAAUGCGACUGGUCUCUGAGAUGAUGAUACUCUGUGGAGAAGUUAUAGCUACUUUUGGUUGUAGCAAUAACAUUCCUUUACCAUACAGGGGACAGCCCCAAUCCAACAUUGACACAUCUGUAUUUGCCCAUCUUCCAGAAGGACCUGUUAGAAGCUCUGCCCUUGUCAAAAUAAUGCGUGCUGCUGAAAUAGAUUUCAGGAAACCUCUACGCCAUGGAAUUUUAGGACUUCCUGGGUAUGUUCAAUUUACAUCUCCCAUCCGCAGAUAUCUGGAUCUACUAGCUCAUUAUCAGAUCAAAGCUUUUCUUAUUGGAGAUUCUCCUCCUUUCUCAGCUAGUCAGUUGGAAGGGAUAGCGUCUAUAGUGAACAUGAAUACUAGAGUAGCAAAGCGGCUCUUUAACAGCAGUCUGCGGUAUUGGAUAUUAGAGUAUCUGAGAAGGCAGCCAAAAGAAAAAAGAUUCCGUGCAUUGAUUCUUAGAUUCAUUAAGGAUCGCAUUGCAGCCUUAUUAUUAGUUGAGGUGGGACUUCAAGCAUCUGUGUGGGUGUCUGUGGGAUCACAAAUUGGAGAUGAAGUUCUGGUUCGGGUAGAUGAAGCUCAUCCACGUGAUGAUGUGCUUUUUCUCAAAGAGGUGGUCAUUGAUAGAUAAAUAUAGCCUUAUUUGACUGUAAUAUUUCAUCGGAGACGUCUUAUCACUGAUAUGUUAAUGAUCUAUAUGGAAUAUUUACCACUGGAACAUCUCAAAACUCAAGCUCACAGAUACAUAAAUCAAAUAUCAGUGGGGAGUCGUUCUAAUCACAGUCAUAUGCGGUUGUUGAUGUCCAAGCUGCACCCAUCUCUAACAGAAG